AUGAUAUUUAUAUUUAAAGCCAUUUUAUUUGCAAAUAUUUAUUAUAACAUAGUUUUAUCUUUUCACACAAAAAAUAAUGGUAAUAAUUAUAUAUAUAUAAAAAAAAAUAACAAUUUUAAAAAUUUCAAGUCUAAAAAAAGUAAAUAUAUGUCUAAAAAAUGUAACACAACAUUUUUGUGCAUGAAUAAUGAAGAACAAAAUGAUUCAUUAAAAAAAAAUAAAUCAGGAGAAAGUUUAAAAUUUUAUGAAUUCUCACAUAUUUACAAACAUUUAAAAACAGAUCAAUCAAAUGUAGACCCUGAAAAAAAAGAAAAAGAUGAAAAUAGUCAAACAUCUCAUGAACUUUUUGUCAAAAAUGAUUUUAUAAAACAAGUUUCAGAAUUUUACCAAGAACAACAAAAUAAUACAAAACAUAUCGAAGAAGAUGAAAAAUACACAUCAAGCCCAGACAGUGAUAGUGUAAAUAGUAUAAGUUCCAAUGUAUUAGUUAAAGAUGAACCAAAUAGAAUACAAAAAAUGGGAUUUGAAAAUAUAUAUGAUUAUAGCAGUAUAUUUAAAGAAAAAGAAAAAAAAAAUCAUAUAAAAAAAUAUGUUGCUAAUAUAUUUCAAAAAUUGCCAAAAUUUAAAGACAAUCUAAAAGUAAUUAAAGAUGCAUUAUUAUAUCUAAAAUUUAUAGAAAAAGGGAAUUUAUAUUUAGUUAAAGAUUUAGAUAAAAAAAGUAUAAAUUCAGAACCAUAUGAUGAUUUUUCAAAUAAAAAAAAAAAAAAAGGAACAAAAAAAGAUAAAAUAAAAUUAGAAUUAACUAGCAUUUAUAAUAAUAUUAAUAAAGAAAAACACACAAAAAAAAGAAUAUGUAAAGAAUGCUCUAUUAAAGUAGAUUUAUAUACAAAACUUUUAUCAAGACCUUUAAACAAUAUAUAUAAUUUACACAAAAAUCUAAAAAAAUAUUUACAUCCUUUUCAGUAUAGUUUAUAUGAAAAUGCUAUAACAAAUAUGUAUAAAGAUGGAGAAGCUUCAAUGUCAUUAAAUGAUGUUUUAAAAAACAUUGUCGAAGUAAGAAAAUUAAUAACAGUAACUGGGAAAGCAUAUGCAGGACAAAUGAAAUAUUUAAAAACAUGUAGAGAAAUAUUUAACAAAUUAAAUGAAGCUAUAGUUGAUCUAAAUGUUAUUUUACAAUCAGGAAGAAAAUGGCUAGAUUUAUAUAAUUCUUACAUUAAAAAAAUUAAAAAAAUUAAAUAUAUUGAUAUAGAAAAACCAGCCAUAUCAAUUAUAGGUUGUACUAAUGUAGGAAAAAGUAGUAUAUUAAAUUCUAUUACAAAUUCUAAAUCAAAAAUAGCUAGUUAUAAUUUUACAACCAAAGAAUUUAAUUUAGGUCAUUAUUCAUUUGUAAAUGAAGAUGAUAUAUUUACAGCACAAAUUAUGGAUCUACCAGGACUUAUAAAUCGUCAAGAAGAAAAAAGAAACAUCAUGGAAAAACUUUCUCUUUCCUCUUUAAAAAAUAUACCAUCAGGAGUUAUAUAUGUUUUUGAUCCAUUAAAAAAAGAAGAUCAUAAAUUCUCUUCUUUAAAAUCACAAAUAGAAAUUCGAUAUUAUUUAAGAGGUUUAUUUCCAUUUAGACCAUGGAUUGAUGUUAUAACAAAAUCAGAUUUAAUUGAUUUUUCCAUGGUAGACCUUCCUAAAGAUUUAAAAGAAAAUGCUAUUUUUAUUUCAACAGAACAAAAAGAUUCGUUAUUACCACUGAAAGAAAAAAUAAAUGAAAUGACAUUUAAAUUAAAUAAUUUCUUGGUCAAGCAUACGAUGAAAUAA